AUGCGAAGACGUGUGACAUUUCUUUUCGCCAAAGCAGGCAUUACAGACAAUAUCCAUAAUCAUACUAAUAAAAAUAGUAACAUCAACAACAAUAGUAACAAGGAUGGUCCUUCACCGUAUCGUCCACGUUUUCGUCCACGACGAUUAGUGAUGCCAGUUAAUCCCAGCGAUGUGCACAGUAAUGCCCGUUCGAAUAAUCCACUGUGGGAGAAAUAUAAGGCCCAACGACGACUACGGCGAGCAGCAGAGCGGCGCGGUGCCGUCACACUGGCAACUGUACCUGCAGAACGUAGUGUAGGUGAUGCUUUUCGUCUCAUGUUGGAUGUUUGUGAAAAAGAAAAGUUAUUUUCAGAAUCAGCAUCCUUAACACCAAAGCAUCUUCGACAUUUAGAGGAAUUAUUAUCCUCACCAUUAUUACAAUCAUCUGAUAAAUCUUCAGAGUCUAGGGUUAAUGAGAAUGAUAGUGAGAGACAUACCUCACCAUUUUACGCAUUAGGACUUGCACCUGAAAGAGAUAAUCUUAUGAUUUCUUUAGAUGAUAAAAUAAAAGAUAAUAGUCAACGUGAAAUGGCACUUCGUGAAGUGGAUGCUGUUUGGCGUAUGUUAGAUAAUACUCCAUUGGAUUCACCUGUUCAUGGUGUUCUUGCGAUGCGUGGUAAAGCCAUUGUUGAACGUACAAUUGCCAAUAUGGCCUAUGCAGCAUUUCCUAGACUUCGAUCCAAACAUUUACAAGCCCUUAUUCAUGAAUCUUGUGGUCUUUACUCUUGUGGUAGAGUGGCACUUCGUUUAGGGUUUGCUGAUAUGUGUAAUGUAAAUGGAGAAAUUAGUAUGUGGCGUGAGUUAAAUGUUCUCACGGAGCGAUUUCAUAUUGCUAAACGUAAAGCCGCUAUUCAUUUACAACGUAUUGAAAAGGGUGUGGCUCAACAACGGCGUUGGUAUUGGAAAGGUGUACUUCGUUCAGCGGCUAUGCGAUUAAAAUUAUUUCCUGUUCAUCAAGAAGAUAUUCUUCCUCGUAUGGAAUGGAUAAGAGAUUCUAUCUUUGCAUUUAUAGCGUUUAUAGAAUUAGCAGAAAACUCUGGAGAUGAUGUGAAGUUAGAGCCAUUAAUAAAAAAAUUAUUUUGUAGUCAAUUAGGAUCAUUUCUUCAUGCUAAUCAAAUAUUAGAUAAUGCCCAACAACAAGUAGAACGUAUUUUACACAACUCUUAUCAUACCGAGAAGAAUGAAAGGAGUAUGAAAUCAGAAUUACGUAAAGAACAAGAGGCAUUAGCUCAACUUAUAUCUACAGAACUUCAGAAAAUACGACAAAUGACAGAAGAUGAGUUGGAAAUGAUAAAUGAACAAAUACAUCCAAUGAAUAUACGGUCAGAUGCUCGUAAAGAUCAAUUUGCAUCCAGUGGUGGAGCUCACGCCACUCAAAGUCUACGGGAUGAUAUUUUUGAUGAUUAUCGUGUUACUCGACAUCACAAAAUGGCCCCACCAGUUAUUCUUCAUUGUAUUCAACCACAAAAUGCAUUGAAAGAAACUCAAAUUAUUCUUCGUUAUGACCCAAAUGUACCAUCCACUUUAUCAAAUGCCCCUAUUGAUGUGGAUCAAGUUAUUCGAAGAGUAACGGAAGUACAUGAGACCAAUCCAUACGCUACUCUUUAUACAGCUCAGCAAUAUAGACAAGUGGAGUAUACUGUUUGUCGUUUAUAUGCAGGAAAACGUUGUAUUGGUCAAGGAAAGGGAGAGUCCCUAAUGGAAGCGAUGAAUGAGGCCGCACAACAUACAUUAUUGAACUAUUAUCUUAAGAAGAAUCCACCUAAAGUGGUUGAACAUAAACCUAUUGUCACAACAAGAACAGAAUGUGAGGAAGAAAGAGCUACAGAUGUUGAACAUAAAGUAGCGGAGGUGCGUGUUAACGAAACGUUGGAUGAGGAAAUAUUCUUUUAA